AUGGCCAAGACUGAAUAUUUCUACUGGGUUGCUCCUGAUAAUAUGACAUGGGAUGACUUUGAGAAAGACUUUGGGACUAGCACCAGAAUGCCACCUACUGGAGAUUAUUUCAGCCCUUGUAAGAGAGUUCCAAUAAGCAACACAAAGGCUUUAGUUGUCUUUUAUGCACUGGUGUCCUUGCUGAGCUUGCUGGGAAACUCGCUGGUGAUGCUAGUCAUCUUAUACAGACGAAGGAGUUGCUCUGUCACCGAUGUCUACAUGCUGAACCUAGCCCUUGCCGACCUUCUCUUUUCAUUGACCCUGCCCUUCUGGGCUGUCUCCAAAUUGAAAGGCUGGAUUUUUGGAACUCCCCUGUGCAAGAUGAUCUCACUCCUGAAAGAAGUCAACUUCUUCAGUGGUACCCUGCUACUGGCCUGCAUCAGUGUGGACCGAUACCUGGCCAUCGUCCAUGCCACAGGCACACUGACCCAAAAGCGCCACUUGGUUAAAUUCAUAUGUCUAGGCAUCUGGGGUCUAUCUUUGAUUCUGUCCCUGCCCUUUGCCAUCUUCCGCCAGGCAUAUAAGCCAUACGGUUCUGGAACAAUCUGCUACGAGGUCCUGGGUGAAGCCACAACAUAUUUUCGGAUAAUUUUGCGUGGCCUGUCCCACAUGUUUGGCUUCCUUCUGCCGCUGCUGAUCAUGCUGUUCUGCUAUGGGUCCACACUGCGCACACUCUUUAAGGCCCGCAUGGGGCAGAAGCACCGGGCCAUGCGGGUCAUCUUUGCCGUUGUGCUUGUCUUCCUGCUCUGCUGGCUGCCCUACAACCUGGUCCUGUUCUCAGACACUCUCUUAGGAACCCACUUAAUUGAGGACACCUGCAAGCGCCGCAAUGACAUUGACCAGGCCCUGUAUAUCACUGAGAUCCUGGGCUUUUCUCACAGUUGCCUCAACCCCAUCAUCUAUGCCUUCAUUGGCCAAAAUUUUCGCCAUGAAUUCCUCAAGAUGCUUGUUAACUGUGGCCUGAUUCGAAAGGAGUUUUUGACACAUCAUCGUGCUACUUUUUGA